AUGAUCAUCCGACUUGUCACCAUACUGAUGACGUCACUCUUGACGCCGUCCUGGGCUGUAAACCCGUCAAAAAUAUCGAAUUUCGAUGAGAGUUUCGGGCGAAUUUCAGGUGGCGCCGGUCCACUCCCAAGACAAGUCGAAUGCUACUCAUGCAUGUCACUCUCCUAUCAAACCAGUUGGAAGUAUCUCCAAGCCACUUAUAUUUAUCCGAAAGUAUUCACAGACCGAUGUCGAGAUCCAAACAGUGAGCGUGGCAUGCCGACAGUGAUGUGCAGCAGUGUGUGCGUGUCGUUGAUGGAACCGGAUGUGGAAGCAGGAGUGUUCAUCGGCUUCAAACACAUACGUGGAUGUCUGGACAGGGUGUUGAGGCAUGGUUUCAAUCAGUCAGCGUUAAGGACACACCGGUUUCAUCAGAAUAACCACUGCCGAACCCUCUCCCGUUCCGCCUUAUUCAAUCCAGCGAGGACCACUGACCCACCUGCUUUAGGAGAUGUUCAAUUGUGUUCCUGUUAUGGAGAUCGCUGUAACUACAGUACCCCAUUGAUGACGUCAUCAUUGCUUCUGGUGAUUUUAUUGAUUUUUGUACAUUGGGUUAACAAUAAUUGA